UGUCCUAGCCUUGGCGUAUAGCAGCAGAAUUAAACUGAUUUGUCAAUGUUCCCAGUUGUACUUUGUUGCAGCAUUUACUCCGAGUCUUACAUAUAUUGCAGAAUAAUGAAAGGCUUCUUGUUUGGAUUUGAUAAAUUAUAAUUUGUUCUCUAAAGUUUUAGUGUAUAACUCUAAACAAUUUAAAAUUUCACUCUAAAUUAUAAACAAAGAACAACUAAAGAAGGAACAUAAUGAGUCCAGCCUGAGCUGAGAUUUGAUGACGUUACUCAACAGCUUUUCUAUAACGUCUGUACAGUUUGGAACUGUGACAUUUUCUUAUUCAGUAACAGAAAAUGACUCAGUGAUGAACCUCCAGGUGUAGGUGAGCACUUUGAAAAUGUGAAUGAAUCCCUCCUGUGAUUCACCGUGGUCUAAAUCAGAUUUUAAUUUCAAACUAUUUUUUUCCUCCAAUAAUUCCUGUCUGAUUUUUCCACCUGACUGAGUGGCUGACUGUACGGUUCACUGAUCAGCUCAUCUGCCUCUCAGGCUGUUUCUGCUCCACCAUCCUUUUCCUCAGUCUGCAAGGUACCACCAAGGGACUCGCCAGAUAAAUCUGCCCGAAAUCAAACUAACAAGCUCUGACAGCUAGCAACAAGCUCUGGCAGCUACCAGCUGGGGACAUGGCCAACACUUUUCUGGGUUUCUCUGCGAAACAGCUCACAUGCUUUAACCCUCCUACGUUGCUGUUGACAAUAUUGUGGUUUUCUUCUACAGAGGUUUUUUCUGAUUUUAAAUCUGUCUGUGGUGUAGGGCAGUUCUACUGGACUCAACCAGUGAUCACACAUUGGAUCAGUGUUUGUCAGCAGCUUCAUAUUUGUUGUUCCCAUACAGAUGACAGCUUGAGUGACACCACCUGACUGCUCCAAAUGUUUCAUUAGUGGCAGAAUGAAUUGUUAUAUUAUAAUAGUUUAGUUGACUAGUUGUGUUUUUAUUUUUUAUUUUGUUUUUUAACAUUCUGUGGGCUCUAGUGUCCUAGUACAGCAGGUAGAUGAGGAAGUGGUUCAGAGAGACACCAAGACUGAACCUGAGUUGGCUGCAUCAAGUGGUAGUAGCCUCUUGCUAUGCAACAGCUUCUAUGUCUGAUAAACUAGACACUGCAUCAACAGGAGCGUCCAGCUACAACAAAACCAGCUAUUUUCUGUGGUUUUUCCAUCUGGUCUUUUUGCUCUACUAGAUUAUAGACCGAGAUGCACGAUGGUGUGGUGGUUAGACACCACCAGCCUCACAGCAAGCAGGUUGCUGGUUCAAGUCUUGGCACACUUCCCACUAUCCAAAGACAUCUGUGUUAGGUUACUCUGAAUUCUCCCUAGGAGUGAGUGUGAGUGCUUGUUUUUGUCUGUGUGUUAACCCUGCGAUGGAUUUCUUUUGCAGGGUGCACCCUGCAUCUCGCCUGCUAAUUGCUGGGAUUGGCUGCAGCUGUUCCCCUAAGAAAAUGGAUGGAUACAUGAUUAGAUUAUAGACCAUAAAAUAUAAUAUGGGUAAAGUCCAAUGCUUUUAAAUAAUGUACAAUAUUUUUAUUUGCUCGGCAAUGAUUAUUAUUUGUAAUCGCAAAUUAAUUAAAUGAAAUGUUGGGAUUAAUAUGGUCCGUAUUUACACAGCGCUUUACUGUACCUGGAAUGAUACCCAAAGCGCUUUACAUCAUACAUCACUUUUACCCAUUCACACACACAUUCACACACUGAUGGCAGAAGCUGCCAUGCAAGGCGCUAACCACAACCCAUCAGGAGCAGUUAGGGGUUCCCUUACAUGUUGGUUUCAAAUGUUGUCAUAUGUCGACAUCCUCAUCCUUCCCUGCUAGGAACAGAGAUUCACUGAUUUGAAUCAGUGGUCCACGGCAGACGUUUUGUGAUGCGACUGCACAGGUAGCGUCAGUGUGCUUCGAAAACAGCUGUCGGCUAAGUGCACGGUGCGUCUUUCUUAGCGUGUCCGCAGUGGAGGUCUGUGCUUCUUGUUUUUUUUUUUCUUUUUUUAAUAAGAGGCAAAGAGAAAUUUCCCAAAUAAAAGUAUUGUAUAAGAUAAGAAUGAGAUUAUUACAUAGAUUAUCUUCUUUGCACCCCUAUUUUCGAAGCGCUUUAAACACAUCAUCAAUAUCUUUUGGUGUUCAUUAAAACAGACGGGAGCUGGGUGGUGCAUCCACAAUUAGUAGCGAGACAGCAGGUGAAGAGGAGAUAUUCAGUGUAUGUAAGUUUUGUCAUCUCAACAUCAUGCCUGUCCAUGUGCUCUCAGAGGGUAAAGAGUUAACCUCCCAGGUACCUGCACACCUGUCCAGGAUUCCCAUCUCUUUCAUCAGCACCAGCACUGACUGUGCCAACAAAAUAGUCAAGGGGAAAGUGGUUCACAAGGGGCCAUUGGUGGCGGUAACACCUAAUAACUUCAUCCUAAAGACUGUCAUCAAAGAAGACGAUUCUCUGCAGACCAUCUCGUCUCAGAACCUGUCCAUCAACGUUGUCCUGUUCGGAGCGCUGGCCAAGAACUUCAGUAAGGAUGUUAAUCAAGAGGAUGUAGUGGUGGCCUCUGGCUUCACUGUAGGCAAAUCUCCAACAGCUAAUAAGGACAAACUUCACCCCUGUAACCUGCUGCUGUCGGGAGAUGAUGCAUACAUCUAUGUGUCCCGCCAACAGCCUUCUCCUGAUCAAAGAUCCGUGCUGGCAAACAAGAGGAGCUCCACUCUUUCGGCUGAAGUUUCCAGGGCACCCAAGGCUCCAAAAUACACUUAUGUGCGACUAGAUGACCUGAAAGCUGGAUCUGUUGUCAACGUGUAUGGUGUGGUGGUGUUCUUCAAACAGCCCUUCAGGAGUCGUGGUACCGAUCUCUGCUCCAGCCUGAAGAUCACUGAUCAGUCCAACCGAAGAGUGGGCUGUACCAUCUUCCAUGAGAAUCUGGAGAAUCAUCCCAAAAUCUUUCAGAUGGGAGACAUCAUCCGCAUGCAUAGGGUCAAGGCUCACUUAUUCAACAAUGCCAUGACGCUGGUCAACACGUUUGGUUUCUCUGUGUUGGCGUUUGAUGGAGCAGUGGGCAGCGUCAUGGAACCUCGGACAUCCAGCGUCCAAUAUCAGUUUGACGAGGAGGACCGACGGACGGUGGAGGAGCUGCGAUCCUGGGCCGCCAGUCAGGCUGUCCUUCCUCCGGUUUCAGCCUCAGUCCCCCUGUCUGCUGUUCAGCCCAGAGACUACUUCGACCUGACCUGCCAGCUGCUGGCCAAAGCUCCCAUCGACACCACCUGCACUCUGCUCAAGGUGUGGGAUGGGACCAGGUGUCCUCACACUUUGCUUAAAGUAAUCGUCGAGCCAGAUGUCACAGAGGGACCAUCCUCCUUUUCGAAGCAGAAAGAAGACAUGAUCGCCAAUGUUCUUGUCUACGACAACCAUGUGGAGUUUGCCAGACAGCUAAAGCCUGGUACUUUUCUGAGGAUCUACAACCUGAGAGCAAUCCCAGGAUCCAGUAAGGUGCCAGGCCUCACCAGCAGCCAAUCAGAAGAGGUGUCCCACCUGGCUUUUCACCUGCAUGGGGGGACAUCUUAUGGCAGAGGGAUUCGGGUUCUUCCAGAAAAUGCUUCUGAAGUGCAGGAGCUGAAGAGAGUCAUUGAGUCCUUUUCAGAAGAGGUUGAUGACGAAGUUGCUGAGCUGAACGACUCAGAGCUGUUGGAGGUCUGGACCACUCCACCCGAAUCUUUUGAUGAGGGACCAGUAGAGUGUCGCUCAGAGAGAACUUGUGACCACCACAUGCAGCUGGUGACGCUGUCCCAGCUGAAGCAGAGUGAUCCGGACCACGUCCAAGUUUACCAUGUCCGAGCCCAGCUGAGGUCUUAUGAGCCCCAAAGACUCUAUCAGGCUCUGAAACUCUUCUGCAGCAAGUGUAAAUCAAUUCAGGACAUCCCAGAUGAUGAACUGGUGGCUGGUAUAUUCUCUGAAGCAUCUAAGCACUCUGAAGCUUACAGCCCUCCACCGUGGGCCCUCUCUGGACACACUGACCUUCCCAGAGACUCCCCGGGAUCCCCGCCACGAGCACUGAGAAUCCACCUCUCCUCCCAGCUCAUGUCAGAGGGAAAAACUAAGGAACUUAUCUUCCUCAUGGGGACUUCUUUGGAGGAAACGUGCCAGCUAACAGCAGAAUUCCAGAACAUUGUUCCUGUGACGACAUCAGGUCACCUGAAUCUACUCGACCUAUCGGCACCUUUCCUGUUCAGAGGCAGAAGGAGAUACUUCGGGUGUAAACGAUGCUCUGAAACGGCAGUGAGGGAACCCAGUGCUGAGGGAGUCAAGACAAUCGAUGAGAAGAUCAUUGCAGAGGCGAUCGGUGUUAAGCCUCUGCAGUUUGUCCUGCUGAUGAAAAUGGAGCUGCAGGAUGCCACUGACACACUGGACGUCUUCCUGUGGAAACAUGCUGAGUUGUUCUUCGAUGUGUCAGCAGAGGACAUAGCGACCAAUCAGGAUGCUCAGGACCGGGUCCGUCAAACCAUGGACUCCCUCUGUCCACCAGAGGGCAGCAUGGGGCGGCGCCCAUGGCUGGACUUUUGUCUGAUGGCGUACAGAGCAGAAGGUAACGGCCAGACUUGCUACCAGAUCUGCAACACCUCCAUCGUUAGACCUUCAGCCACCUGAUCGGACUCUGCCUGAUCAUCCAAAGCUCAAAGAUCACUGGAGUCCUGCAGGAACAGUUUUUUAUCUGAUCCUGUUUUAAAUGAUCUGUUUCAUGUCCGCUGAGGUUGUUUACCAUAUCUGCAGUUAUAGUUUUUUAUAUUAAUUAAACGUGUAAAUAUAAUUAUCAGACAGUGAUGUGACUCAUGUUUUAAUUUGCUGUUUCUUGUACAGUUUGUAUUGUCCUCUUCAGAAUAAAGUUGCAUAAUUAUACGU